AUGGUUCAUCCUCAAAAUUUGUCACUCGAUGUUAUUGGAUUGGUUGUUGCUGUUGGGGAAAUGGCAAGAGAAAGCACUGAGAAGUCCAAACACAAGAUUCACAUCCAUAUCCAGAAUGAAAAUGGUUUGGAAAUACGCUUGGCUUUGUGGGGUGAUUAUGCGUACCAAAUGCAAGAGUAUAUACAAGACAAUCCACACAAUCUUCAAAUCAUUGUUAUACUUCAGUUUGCGCAAAUUAAUGUUUGGAGAGAUCGCCCCAGUGUCAACACCUACUAUACAUCCUCAAGAUUGUUCAUUAACUCCGACAUAGAUGAAAUUUCUGUUUUCAAGAAAAGGUAA